AUGCCCAGCCCCCGUCAGCUCGUCGCACGCGGCGUGCCCGUGGCGCGCCUCACCCAGGACCCCGGCGAGGUGGUGGUCACCCUCCCCAUGGCAUACGCGGCCUCUCUGUCCUGCGGCACCAACCUGUCCGAGACCGCGGCCCUUGCCACGCCCGACAGCCUGCGCUACGCCGCGGCGCGGCUGCAGCGCUGCCGCCGCCUGCGCCGGCCCACCUCCUGGCCCCACGAGCUGGUCCUGCUCAAGUGGGCGGAGGACCCCGCACUGCCCGCCAGCGCCUGCCCCUGGCUGGCGCGGGAGCUGCGCCGCUGCAUUGACGACGAUCUGGCCACGCGGUUGGCGGUGUGGGCGGCAGGCACGACCGACUCGCGCCGCGCGGAGGGCGAGGCGGCCCGCUGCGCGCUGUGCGGCGCGCACUGCACGCUGAGCGCGCUGGAGUGCCCGCGCUGCGCACCCGGACGCCAGGUCUGCGCCGCGCACGUCGCCGCGCUGUGCGAGUGCGAGCCGGCGCGGCUGCGGCUGGCCUUCCGCCACACGACGCGCGAGCUGGAGGGGGUGGUGGGGCGCGUCGCCGGACGCGCAGCGGACGAGGGUAAUGGGGCUGUCGAAGCGGGGUUCGCGGGCGCCGACGCGGCACAGAGCGGCGAGGACACUGCCGCGCAGGAGGAGGGCGAGGGGGAGGAGGACGACCUGGAGCGCCUCGCCCGGCUGGGCGAGGCGCACGCGCUCUGGCGCGAGCGCUGCGAGGCGACGCUGGCCCGGGGAGGACGGCUGGCCGCUGAUCUGGAUGAGCUGCUGGAGGAGGGGAAGCAGUACGCCUGGGGCGCAGUGGACGACGAGAACGGCGUGGAGGCCACGUUCGUGCACCUCCGAGAAGCGGCGGCGUACCUGGCCAGGGUCGAGGCCGCGCUGGCCUCCCGCCCGGCGGCGGAGGAGCUGGAGGGCAUCCUGGGGCUGGACCCGCCACCCCUGGCCGCCGCGCCUGGCCUGGAGCGGCUGCAGGAGCUGGGGGAGCGGGCGCGAGAGUGGCGUGCGCGCACGCAGGCGGCCAUGGCUGCUCGCGGCAGCAUGGAGAUGAAGGACAUGGAGGCGCUCAUCUCCGAUGGCGCCGCCAUUUCAGAGACGACGCUGGAGGGGCUGCAGGCGCUGCGCGCCGCCGCGGUGACCUUGCGCUGUGACGUCCCCUUCUACCCCGUGCUCUGCUUCGCCCUUGACCGGCUGGAGGCGUGGGCGGGGCGGGUGAAGCAGCUGCUGGGCAUGCGGGCGCCGCUGGCGGACCUGCGAGCACUGAUUGAGGAGAGCAGGGAGCUCCCGGCCGCCAUGCCCGAGGUGGAGACCGUCGAGUCGCUCAUCGCCAAGGGCCUGGCCUGGCAGUCGAGCAUGCAUGCCCUGGUGGCCGCGCGCGCGCCCCUGAAGAGGAUGCGGGACGCCCUGCACGCCGGGCUGCGCCUCCCGGUGGAGCUGCCGGAGGUGGAGGAGCUGCGCGGCAUCAUCCGCAGGCGGGAGUGGGAGGACGCGGCCCGGCGCGCCCUCAACAAUCGCAACUCCCUGCACGCCCUGCACGAGGUGGACGGCCAGGCCGAGGACGUGGGCGCCGGGGACUGCGAGCUGGCCGUGCGCCUGCGGGAAAAGAUCGCCGCGGCCGAGGCCUGGGACCGGGAGGCCGCGGCCUUCCUGGAAGCGGCCCAGGCGCCCGGUCUCGGCGAAGACCAGCGCCCCGACCGCGGCCCCCUGGCGGCCAUGGUAGAGCGGGGCAGCGCGCUGGGAGUCAAGCUGGAAAGGGGGAGCGCGCUGCAGGGUGCGCUCCUGGCGGCGGAGGGCUGGCUGGCACGGGCGCGGCGCUGGCUGCCAGAACCUGCUGGAGAGAGCAGAGGAGGCGCCACGGCGGGGGGGAAAACACCUGGCAAAGCGGAGGCCGAGUCCGUGGCGGAGAAGGAGGGCUCUCCUGCUCCCGCUGAGGCCAGCGCCGGGGAGCAGGGCGAUGCAGCGCCCGAGGCAAUCACGGCUGGUGCAGGUGCAGACAUGCCGCUCGAUGGCUCGGCUCCUGCGCCGUCUGCCGACGACGAGGCCGUGACGCAGGCCCAGCCUGGAAGCAUGGGUGCAACGAUGGAGGAGGCAGCACCGCCCUCCACCGCAAACAGCGGCAGGCGCAGCAGCAAGCGGUCGAGUGGUGACGGGGCUGGCGCCCACGCUGGGCCCCGGUCGCCGGUCGGGGCGGUGGAAGGCGGCCGCAUGCCCACCCUGGCCACCAUCCGCGGCCUGCUGGCGGAGUACGAGGGCCUGCUCAUCCGGGCAGAUGAGGCAAAGGGCCUGGCGGCGCUGCAGCAGCAUGCGGAGGCGUGGCUGCAGGCGGCCUGGCCCAUGCUGCAGUUGGAAAGCGUGGGCGACGCCCAGCUGGAGGAGCUGCAGGCCCUGCUGGCCGCCGGCGCGGGCGUCCAUGUGGAGAUGGAGGAGCGGGAUCACUUGUUGGCCCAGGCCAAGGGGCUGAUCUGGAAUCGACAGGCGCGAGAGGUGCUGGCCCGCCUGCAGUCAACAGAGCGUGGUGCUGAGCACAGCAGUGGCGGCAAUGCCGACGUGGAUGAAUUCCAUCUCCCAACCACCCUCGGGCAGGCCCCCUUGGACGAGAGGGUGCGGUCUUCUGCAGAUGCCAGCACAUCGGCGCCAAGUGCCGAUGAGCCGCCCUCCCUGCCGGGCAAGACCUCAAGCGUGGAAAGGCCGGCGGCGAUGGCACCAAACGUGCACAGCGAGGGCCCUUGCGAGCCUGGAGCUGAGACAGACCUCAGCAAUGCCGGUCAGUAUGUAAAGCCCGAACCAAUGCAGGGCGAUGCCGACGCAGCAUCUGGAGACGGUGUCGGCCCACCCGAGGCGCUGCCGGCAGCCAGGGUCCCACUCGAGGUAGGGGUGGCACUGAUGCAGGGUGCCGCUGACAUCCCGGUUGAACAGAAUCUCUUCUCUGAGCUCGAAAGGCACGUCAAUGUGGGGCUGCGGUGGCAGGAGCAGGCGCAGGCCGUGCUCGCCAUCGGGCGCCCGGGGUCCGGCGACGCGGCCCCGGUCGAGGCGGGCGCCCUGCAGCGGAUGCUGGCCGAGGGCGCGGGGCUCGGCUUCCUCCAGGCCCACCUCGUUGAGCUGGAGGCCGUGCUGCGAGACCAUCAGGCCUGGGAGGGCAGGGUGCUGGCCCUGCGUGAUGCCUGCGGCAAUUCACGCCCCUGCCAUGCCGACCUGGCCAAGCUCGGGGAUGAGGCGGCGGCGUCCCCGGUGACAUCCCUCCUGCGGCGCCACAUCGAAGCCGCCGUCCUGGCAGCUGGCAAGUGGAGCGCCGGGUGGUUUGAUGAUUGGGUGGCUCGGUGCCGGAGGAGCACUGUGAAACGGAACUCGGUCCUGACCCUGGCCAGCACCUUUGAAACCAUUGGCAGCAGUGUGGAUGCCGCCGUGGAGCAGUUUGAGAGGCGCCUUGAGCUCGAGAAGCAGCUGGUGGCCACGGGCGGCGCAGAGCCUGAGGGGAGUGACGAGGGGGGCGAGCUGUAUUGCCUGUGCCAGCAGACCUACGAGGCGGACACCAGCAUGAUCAUGUGCGACUCGUGUGGGGAGUGGUUCCACAUGCGCUGCGUCGGCAUCUCCCAGACCCAGGCCAAGGUGACCAAGAAGUACACCUGCCCCGUCUGCGCCGCCGUGCGGGCUCGCGGCCUGCCAGUGUCCUUGGCGGAGGAGGAAGAUCUCGAAAAGGUGUUGGUCAAGUUUGACCGCUGGGCGACGGCCACCAAUCGCGCCGUGGAGGUGCAUGCCGCCUCGCGCCUGGUGGAGACGGGGGGCCAGAUCCUCCCCUUGUCUGAGGGCAUGCUGCACCAGCUGUGCAAGUCGGCUCUGGCCAUGGAGCUGGAUGCCUCCGAGUUUGCGGAGCGCAUCCUGAGCCUGCUGCGCUGCAACCGCUGGCGCACCCAAGUGGAGGCGCUGUGGAGCGCGAGCAGCGCAGAGAAACCAACGAUGGAAGCUGCGACCAGGCUCCUGGCGGAGGCCGCGCGCUGCGGCGUGGUCUCCGAGACCGACAUCGUGGGGUUCAGGCUCGCGGCGGCAGCCGCGCAGUGCAGGGACUGGCAGCGCCGAGCCAAGGCCGUGCUCGCCCACCUCCAGCCGUCGAGCCCGGCCGAGGGCUUUGAGGCUGCUGCGGCCGCCGCCGCGGCCCUCACCCUGGAGGCGGAGCGCCUGCCGCUGGGCGUGCCUGGCGAGGCGGAGGACCUGGCGGAGCGCGGCAAGCUGUACUGCCUGUGCCGCGCGCCGUACGACGAGCAGCGCCCCAUGCUGGGCUGCGAUCACUGCUCCGACUGGUACCACUACGAGUGCGUGGGCCUGCCCGGCCCGGCAGGCGAGGAGGGCGCCGGCGCCGAGGCGGUGCCGGAGGACUUCCGCUGCCCCUCCUGCGCCCUGCGCGCGGGGGUGACCUACCCCGCCUUCCACGGCCUGCCCCCGCGCUCCGUGGAGGCCCUGCGCCUUGCAGCGCUUGGCCUGGGCGGGGGUCAAGGUAAGGGAGACGGCCAAGGUGCUGCUGCAGCGGCGGAGGGGGAUGUAGCCGCCGCCUGGCAGGCAGCCAUGGCGGCUGCGCUCGCGGGCGGUGGCGAGGCGGACGCCGCGCUGGGCCCGGGCAUGCGCGAGAUGCUGGCCGCCUGCCCGCCGGGGCUGGCGGGCGCCAUGUUCGGCGGCUGCUGGCCGGGCAGUGUGGCCGCGGCGGGCGGCGAGGUCGACGCAGCGGAGCCGGCCGCCAAGCGGCCGCGCUCGGACUCUGGGGUGCAGGGGGAUCUCGGCGCCCUCGGGCCCAGCAGCGACGCAGGCGGGCCCUCGGCCACGGUGGAGCUGAGUGCCGGCACGCAGGACCCUGAACUGGCAGAUGGGUGUGCCCGGAACGCCGAGCAGGGAAGCAUGAGCGCCAUCCCUCUGCAGGAAGCGGGGCCGGCCGGCACCGACACCCAGGAUACAACCAGCAUGCCUGUCCCCGUCCCAGAAGCGCCUCGCAAGCUGUGA